GUUAAAAAAAAGCGGCUUGCCAUGUUGGAUCUCUUAAUAGCGGUAUCUCGAAACAAUUUUUUGUCGGAUUUGGACAUCAGAGAAGAAGUCGAUACCUUUAUGUUUGGGGGUCACGAUACUACAGCGAUGGCUAUGACUUUUGCUUUAUUACUAUUAGCUGAACACAAAGAUGUCCAGGAAUGUGUGAGGCUUGAAGUCGAUACCGUGAUGCAAGAGAACACAGGAAAACUUACCAUGAAAUCCUUGCAAAAUUUAUCAUAUUUAGACAGAUGUUUAAAGGAAACGUUACGCUUAUAUACCGUCGCGCCUUUUGUCAUACGAAGACUUGAGGAGGACGUGAAAUUACAUUCAUAUGUUAUACCUGCUGGAACAAACUUACAUGUUAAUAUCUACGGAGUACACAGAGAUCCCAAUUUUUGGCCAAAUCCAGAAGUGUUUGAUCCAGAUAGAUUUUUGCCCGAAAGAAUGCGUAAUUAUCAUCCUUAUUCCUAUGUACCCUUCAGUGCAGGACCGAGAAAUUGCAUAGGUCAAAAAUUCGGUCUACUGGAGUUGAAAGCUAUGAUAGCUCCUUUGGUGCACAAUUUUUACUUGGAGCUCAUAGAUCAAUUAAAAGAUAUUCGGUUGAAGGCCAAUAUCAUAGUUCAUCCUUCUCAUCCGGUUCGUAUAAAAUUCAUCAGUCGCAAACAACCGUUGCAGAAGAAUUAACACGGAUACUAUACAAGUGUAAGAAAUUGAUGAACAAUAAAAUUGAUAACAAUAAAAACAAAGACAG